AUGCCGAAUGCCACCCCUAAUAUCGACUCUAAUAUCACCCAUAAUAUUGGCCCUAAUAUCAACCCGAAUAUCACCCCCCCGAAUGCUACACCGAAUGCCACAUCUAAUGAAAUCUCUAUCUCACAGCUGGUCACAUCCUAUUCAAUUGAAAUGGAUAACUACUUUACAUCAGUUCCUUUAUUCAAAGAACUACGUCAACAGGGGUGA